AGAGGGGACGAAUUGACUAGAUGUCAAUGUCGGGGAAUGAAUGCACAUCAUAAGGACCACAAGGAGUUUGCAGCCCGUUGGUCAAAUUUUCACCAAAUGUAGCCCUAAAACCUAACAGUUCACUUUACUGACGGGAUCAUCAAGAGACAAAGCCGGUGCGCGCCAACCUCUUCACCAAAAAAUAAAUCAGCGCUGCGCUCUAGGUUUACCAUCUCCUUUACGCACAACUCGGCUCCUUUGCGCACUGUGUGUACCUCACCGAGAACAAAUUGAUGAGGAGAGCGACAGCACAAUAAGAUAGCCGGACCUAUCCACGUCUGUUUUCACUUCAAAAGGGAUUGCUGCUCGCGCUUAGGUUUAUGAUGGUUUUGGGAGGAUGUCGCGUGUUGUUGACACUACUCUUCCUCAGUUCUUUUGUUCUCGCGCAAGUGGUGGAGGAUGAAACCGUGUUUGACCUGUUUGAAACCAGCGGCAUCACGCGGAAAACUGCUGGCGUAAAGUUGUUCAAGGGCAUAGACGGGGAUUUGCCUGCCUACCGCUUCAUCCGCUUCGACCAGCUGCCCUCGGUCAGCGCAGCGUCCCUGCAGCAGCUUCUUCUGCAGAUCCAGAACAAUGAAGGAUUCGUGUUCACGGCGACCCUGCGCCAGGACCGUACCUCCCGUGGCACUAUCAUCUCCCUGGAAGGUCCAGGAGAGAGACGACAGUUUGAAGUGGUGUCUGAUGGGCGCACGAACACCUUAGACCUGGUGUACUGGUGGGCGGACGGUUCGCGCAACAUCAUCUCUUUUGAAGAUGUGGACCUGUCUGACUCUCAGUGGAAAAAUCUGACGCUGCAUGUGCACGGGGAGACCGCCACGCUUUACGUGGGCUGUCGUCUGAUUGACAGCUUCAUCCUUGACGAGCCGUUCUAUGACCACCUGAGCGCCGCCGGGGGUCGCAUGUUUGUUGCCAAGGGUUCCGCCCGGGAAAACCAUUUCAGGGGUGUUCUACAAAAUGUGCGGUUCAUCUUUGACACUGCACUGGAGGACGUUUUGGAAAGCCGCGGGUGUGUGCUGACCAUGGCAGAGGACCUCAACACGGUGGGAGAGAGUCUGGACCUGGUGGACGUACCGUCCUCCAUCGCCACCAACCUCAUCAGCCCCAACACAGAUGCUCCAGCCCCAGCCACGGGCUCCACGUCCGACACCAUGUGCGAGCACUCGUGCGAGGAGCUCACCAACCUCUUCCAGGAGCUCAAGGGUCUCCGCGUGGUCGUGGGAAACCUCAUCGACGGCAUGCAGAAAGUGACCGAGGAGAACAACGCCAUGCGAGAAGCGCUCGCUAAGCUGAAGACCCCUGCGACCAUGGUGGACCAGAACAUGUGCUGGCAGGACGGACGUAUCUUUGGGGACAAGGAGGACUGGGUUGUGGACAGCUGCACCCACUGCACCUGUCAGGAAGGGAAGGUGGUGUGUCGUCAGAUCACAUGUCCCCCUGUGGCCUGUGCAAGUCCUUCUUUCAUCGACGGAGAGUGCUGUCCUGUUUGCUUGCCGAUGGACAGUGACGAUGGCUGGUCUCCGUGGUCUGAGUGGACCCAGUGCACGGUGACGUGUGGCACGGGGACGCAGCAGAGAGGCCGCUCCUGUGAUGACAGCUCCAACAGCUGCACAGGCCCCUCCAUCCAGACACGCAAGUGCAGCCUGGGGAAAUGCGACAGCAGAGUGAUGCAGGACGGUGGCUGGAGUCUGUGGUCUCCGUGGUCGUCCUGCUCGGUGACGUGUGGCGAGGGAUUCAUCACGCGUAUCCGCCACUGCAACGCCCCCGUGCCUCAGCUGGGCGGGAAGGACUGCGAGGGAGAAGGCCGAGAGACGCAGAGCUGCCAGGCCCAACCUUGCCCCGUGGACGGAGGCUGGGGUCCGUGGUCUCCGUGGGCGGCCUGCUCGGCGACAUGCGGUGGGGGGCUGAAGAGCCGCAUCAGGGAGUGCAACAGCCCCGCCCCCGAGCACGGGGGCAGGAAGUGCAUGGGCGACGCCAUCGAGAACGAGGGCUGUGGACGCAAGGAUUGCCCCAUGGAUGGGUGCCUGUCCAACCCCUGCUUUGGUGGUGUGGAGUGCAGCACGGACAGCGAGGGCUCCUGGCAAUGUGGGCCGUGCCCACCAGGUUACCGCGGCAAUGGAACCUUCUGUGAGGAUGUCAACGAAUGUGAUCUGGUGUCAGACGUGUGCCACAAGGUGAGAGGCGUGCAGCAGUGUGUGAAUACGGACCCAGGUUUCCACUGCCUGCCCUGCCCCCCGCGCUUCAAGGGCACCCAGCCGUACGCCAUGGGAGUGGAGGCGGCCAAGAACAAUAAGCAGGUGUGUGAGCCCUAUAACCCGUGCAAGGACAACAGCCACAGUUGCCACCGCUUUGCCCAGUGCAUCUUCCUAAGCAGCACCACGGAGCCCAUGUACAGGUGCGAGUGUCGCGUUGGCUUCGCCGGUGACGGUAUCGUCUGUGGUGAGGACUUUGACCUGGAUGGCUGGCCCAACUAUGACGUGCCCUGCAGAUCCAAUGCUACCUACCACUGCAAGAAGGACAACUGUCCCAAGCUUCCCAACUCAGGACAGGAGGACUAUGACAAUGACGGCCAGGGAGAUGCCUGUGACAAAGACGAUGACAACGAUGACAUCGUGGAUGAGCGGGACAACUGUCCCUUGCAGUACAACCCUCUCCAGUAUGACUUCGACAAGGACGACGUGGGCGACCGCUGCGACAACUGUCCGUACGACCACAACCCGGCUCAGACCGACACCGACAACAACGGAGAGGGAGAUGCGUGCUCGCUCGACAAGGACGGCGACGAGAUUCCCGAUGAUCGGGAUAACUGUCCUCUGUUCUACAACACUGACCAAAGAGACACCGAUCUGGAUGGAGUAGGAGACCUUUGUGACAAUUGUCCGCUGGUUCACAAUCCUCAACAAACUGACGCUGACGAUGACCUGGUGGGAGACCAGUGUGACAACAACCAGGACAUUGACGAGGACGGCCACCAGAACAACAUGGACAACUGUCCCUACAUCCCCAACCCCAGUCAGAGCGACCACGACAAGGACGGCCAAGGGGACGCCUGUGACUUUGACGAUGACAAUGACGGCAUCCCUGACGACAGAGACAACUGCAGGCUGGUGCCCAACAAAGACCAGGUGGACUCCAAUGGUGAUGGAAGGGGCGAUGCAUGUCAGGAUGACUUUGACAAUGACAGCAUCCCUGACAGCUUGGACGCAUGCCCGGAAAAUGGUGACAUCAGCGUCACAGACUUCCGCAAGUUCCAAAUGGUACAUCUGGAUCCCAAAGGAACCACACAGAUCGACGCCAACUGGGUGGUCCGGAACCAGGGAAAAGAACUGGUGCAGACUGCCAACUCAGACCCUGGCAUUGCUGUUGGCUUUGACGAGUUCAACGCCGUGGAUUUCAGUGGUACGUUCUACGUGAACACGGAGCGCGACGAUGACUACGCUGGCUUUGUGUUCAGCUACCAGUCGAGCCGGCGCUUCUACGUGGUGAUGUGGAAGCAGAUCACGCAGACCUACUGGGAGGACAGGCCCCGCAAGGCCUUCGGCAUCGCCGGCGUGUCCCUCAAGGUGGUCAACUCCACCACAGGAACGGGGGAGUACCUCCGCAACGCCCUCUGGCACACGGGCAACACCAGAAACCAGGUGCGGACACUAUGGCAUGACCCCAAAAACAUUGGUUGGAAGGAUUAUACAGCUUACCGCUGGCAUCUCAUUCAUAGACCCAAGACUGGCUUCAUCAGGGUGGUAGUGUAUGAAGGGAAGCAGAUCCUGGCCGACUCGGGUCCCGUGUAUGACAAGACGUAUGCCGGAGGCCGCCUGGGCCUAUUUGUCUUCUCCCAGGAGCUCGUCUUCUUCUCCGACCUCAAAUACGAGUGCAGAGAUAACUGAUCACCAAAGGAUCACCACUUCCAUGGACUUGAAUCCACCCUACAAAGAUUUACUACAGCUGUUUCCAUGUCACCAAAAACCAAUGAAAAAAAGAAAAGCACAUCAUUCUUCUGACGUAAAAAAACUGUUCAGUAAGCUACACCGGACAAAGGAUGUUUUGAACAUGCCGUUGUCAAAUAUGGUGAGGUCAAAUAUGGUGUUCGUCCAUGGCAGAGACUCCAAUGCAGGACAUUGCUGAAACCCAACCGUCAUGCUAAUUGCACACAGUACAAGGUUGAAUCCUGCUUCCUUGAAUGGACCCUUGGGGAUUGCACCCAUUUCCUCAAUUCCAAAUGUUUUUUUGUUUUGUUUUGUAUGUAUGUAGCAAGUAGUCAUGUAUUUUCAAAGGAAAAUUAGUUUUUCGAUAGGUCAUUUUUGUUAACAUUCUGAAUGCUGAGGGAAAGAUGUAUGAUAAUUGGGCUUUUUUGGUUUGUUUUUUUCUACUGUAAAUUAUUUGCUUGUCUUUUGCUUUUUUUCUGUGCAAAGAUAUAAAUUCAUGUCCAGUUGUUUUUUUUAUUUUUGCUAUUGCCAAAGAAUGUAAAUAUUUAUUUAUUUGUUUACACUGACAGCAAUUCACCAUUGAAGUGCCUAGAAAUACCCAAUGUCAGUAGCUCACUUGUUUAGAUUUAACUUGUAAAGGUCUUCAUUUUCAUCUUUCAAACAUUAGUGUUGUAGAGUUCAUAACCUUGAAUCCAGAUACUUUGUUAAUGAGGAGCAAAAAAAAAAUGUUUUGGGGGAUAAACAUUUCCAUUUGAGGUAACGUUUGCUCUAUCGCAUAGCUCAUAAUUACAUAACACUUAUGCUUUUGUUCAUAUGGAGUGACUUAGUAAAUGUCAAACUUUUGUGUAACCUGAGGAACUGAUGUUCCUCGUGCUUAAAUAAAUACGUGACAUGGUUCUGCUGUCAGGCCGGGGCGGCCUUAGCGGCCUCUCAGGCCUGGCCUGUGUCAGUUGAAGUGAACCUACUAUGGAAAGUAGGCAACCAUGUAGGUAAGAUGAGAGAUGCCCUGCAUGCUUGUCAUCUCACUUCUCGGAGCUUUGACUGAGUGUUAAACCGAAACCAGGUGCCAGGCGAAAAAACACUCUUUUUUUCGGUCUGGCAGACAUGGUCAAUAUUUCACUUUUUCUUCAAGGUCAGUAUGUGUGUAGUAGAUACUCAUAGACAGUUUCAGGAAAACAUUUGUAACACAAAACACAUGUAUACUGUUGCAUUGGUCGGCAGGUGAUACUUGGGAGAGUUAGCAUGUGAAAUGAGACGAGUGAAAGACAAUGGAGGAGUGAAGGACAUGUACUAAUAAUAAUUAGCGGGGUAUUUAACCUCUUUGCAGCUCUGCAUAAUGUCUAAAUCUUAAAUUUCUCCAGAUCAAUUGGUCAUUCAUAGAUGGGUACCGAAUGUCUUUGGGGCUUAUUUGCAUUAUUGUGUGAAAUGUUUUUUUUCUGCCCUAUAACAUUGUCAUGCAUAUAUGGAAACAUUCAAUAAUCAAAAUCAGACAGAUCAACUCUUUAACAGUACUAGGUUUACAUGUUGUCAUUAAUAAAAGCACUAUACUGUUAUGGCAUCUAUAUUUUUACUUCUGCCUUGAAAAUGCAUGUAAAAAUUCACAGCAAAGUGACAACAAAUAAAACAUUGGUUGCACUGCCUACUUUUG